AUGAAUUUCGACGAUUAUGAGGAACUGCCUGGUGCAAAACUUAGUGUGACACUAUUUGCAGGAGCUUCUGCCGGAAUUAUGGAGCAUAUCGUGAUGUAUCCAGUGGAUACAGUAAAAACGAGAAUGCAGAGCUUAUCACACACAACCAACUCAAUCAGUGGGGUUUUGCGGGAAAUGAUAAAGCAAGAGGGAUUAUUUCGGCCCCUGCGUGGUGCUACUGCUGUCGUUAUUGGAGCUGGACCUGCUCAUGCAUUAUAUUUCAGCUCGUAUGAAUUCACAAAGGAGAAACUUGCAAAAUUAAAAAUUAAUGAUAACAUCAAUUAUAUCAUUAGUGCAACAUCAGCGACUGUUAUUCAUGAUGCAAUAUCAAAUCCAACAGAGGUGAUAAAGCAAAGAUUACAGAUGUAUGACUCGCCGUACAAGUCUGUAAUGGAAUGCGCCAGAAAAGUUUUUCAUCAGGAAGGUUUCGGUGCUUUUUAUCGCUCAUAUACAACUCAACUUGUGAUGAAUCUGCCUUAUCAAGCCAUUCACUUUUCAACGUACGAAUUUCUUCAAGAAUAUUUUAAUAAGGAACGAAGAUAUUCUCCAAUGGUGCACGUAGUAGCUGGUGGUGCAGCCGGUGCUGCUGCGGCUGCAUUUACUACACCACUUGAUGUGUGUAAGACACUUUUGAAUACACAGGAACAAGGUGUCGGAUCAACGAAAGGACUUUUCGAAGCAAUUCGCAAAGUAUACCGAGUUGCCGGUAUCGGUGGAUUUUUCAAAGGGCUUCAAGCGCGCGUUUUAUAUCAGAUGCCUGCAACAGCUGUAUGCUGGUCAACAUACGAAUUCUUUAAAUAUCUCCUCUAUACGAAUAAAAGAAAAUCUGUAUCAUUAGCUUCACCUGUAGUGGCAGCUCCUGCCUCCCCAUCAUUAACAUAUGAAGACAAUAAACUUUCGAAACCUUUACACCAUUUUCAUGCAAUGAAUAAAGAACCAACAGCAACUGUGUCGCCCAGCCACUAUCCCAGAGAAUUACCUGCUAUGUCGUCUGUUGGUCUAGUAUACGCACAUCAUACUAUGCAUGACUAUAAUCCAGCUUCAUCCCAACUGACAGAUUUUACAAGGAGCACAUAA